CAUUUAGCCUCAGUGUCUCCUUAGGUCACAGAUCGACCUCAAAGAUUCUUGCUGCUUGGAUCAUCUCUGGCCACCAUGAUCUCCUACCUUCUCUUACCUGUCGUCAUUCUCCGUGUUGCCGUGUCACAACAAGUCACCAUUACCGGUACAACAAACCCAAACAAUAAGGCAACGGAUUUGUACAAAGACAAGCUGAAAGACAUUGAGGAUGAACUGGAAAAGACCAACACAUCUUUAAUUAUCACAGAGGAUAAUGAACAUUUCCAGGACCAAGAGAAUGAAAUGCCAUUUAAACACUGCCACCGGGGUGAGCUGAUACAGCUCUUUCACCAGUACUGUGGUAAACGUUUUCAUGCAGAAAUGCAUGGUAUCCACAAAAAUGACUGGUGUGUCCUGAAACACAUUAUCAGAAUCUACAACAAUUUGACGGUAUGUGUGGAGCUUGUGACUGGGUUAUCUGACUGCUAUUUUCCAAAUACUGAUGUCCAAGACUUCUUCGUCUACAUCCACUCCACCUACUUCCAGAACUGCACGGAGAUAGAAGAGCUGCUCAAAGAUGCCCCUACCAGCCUGGUGGUGGCACUCACCAUCAUCGAAGUGAGCUUUAUCCCUGUCCUGGUUUGUCUGGUACUUUGGAAAAGUUAGGAACUUACUGGCCCAUAUUAAUAAAAAAAUGACUUAGCUUUGAACAUUUUGGCCACCAAAGCUUUAGGCUGAAGAUUCUUUGAUUCAUGGAUUCAUUUCUGCAAAAAAGUGUGCUGUGUAAAAUGUCUUACAGGAGCAGAUGGAUGAAAAGAAAAAAGAAUACUUUAGCUCUCCUGGUUUUAUCUAAAACAUAAUUACUUUCUGCUUUUUAAAAAGUAUAUGAAGCAACAUCUCAGAAUCUGUUUUGCUUUUAAGGCUGAAUGAUUAACGUGAUGCAUAAGUAUUAUUUUUAAAACAGUCUUAUUGAAGUAUCAAGACCACACACUAAGCAAUAAAAGCAACAUUAAAAAUACUAAUUCUCAUAAACAAAUACUUUCUGAAAAUGAUGAAAAAUUUUAAAUUUUUGAUUUAUAAAAAACAAGUAAAGACUGAUAUUUUCUAUAUGUAUCACUAGAGGGUGCUCACUCACUUAUUUGAGUCCAUGCUAUACAGUUUUAACAGUUUUAAAGCUACAUAUACAAGUCCAUUUAAGCAUUAUUGACAUGUCUGAAUUUAUGUUGACAAAAACAAUACAAAAGCUGUAAAAAAAAAAAAAAAUCCAGUUAUGGAGAAAAUAUCCCUAACUUACCAUGUGUGAAGCAUUCAAUAGCAGAUAUGUAAAGGUUCUCCAAGUAAUUUUCAAUUUCUCAUUUUAUUUACAAAUUUUUUUAUUUUUUUUGUUUUUCUGAGUAGCUUUUAAAACUUGAACCUGAUGUUCCUGUGCAAUUUAUUCUAAAUAAUUUGGAAAGGCUCAAUCUUCCCCACCCUAGAGAGAAAAUAAAGAGGAUAGUCAAAGUCUAAUUCAGCUUUUUUGUCAAUGUGCUUUACAUGCUGGACAAACAGCCAAAUUAAAAUUUUGAUGCUAAUGGACGAUUGGUGUAACAAACAUCAAUGAUAUCUGAAAUAAAGCACCAUAGCAACAAAUAGGAAGUAAGGGUUAAAAUCAGAACAGUAAUAAUCAGAGGAAAUUCUGCAGUUGUUGUCAGGCAGUAUUUAUAUUUAGGUCGGUUUAGACUGCUCUUUGAAUUUAAAGGUCAGGAAACAACCUGAACCAUAUAUUCUUAACCUCAAAAACCCGACGGACCCACCGGUGGAACCUCUAGGGUUCUAGAGGUUAAGCCCGAGGAGUAACAUGAGUAAACGCAAAAAAUACAAACACUGUAAAACUCAUUAAACAAACAUUUGUAUGUUUAAUGAGUUGUCCUCUUGAAAAUAUUCUCCAAUUUGUGGCUAUCAGGGAAAAGGAUAUCUGUGUUUUAGUGCCCUCUCUUGUUUUCUGCUUUAGUGAACAAUAACGAAGUAUAAUGAAGUAUGCAUUGCAAAAAUCCUCUAAAUCUUUUGGACUUCUUUAUAUUUUUUUGCUGUUUAUGUAAUGUCAAGGGUAAAUGAUACAUAUUUCUUUUAAUUCUUUACAAAUGACAAUUUGAAAAGUGUGGCAAGCAUUUGUAUUAAACCCUGUUUACUAUGAUAUCUCUGAAUAAAAUCCAGUGCAUUCCCAAACGUACGGUUUAGGAAUGUGUUUAUUUCAGCAGACACAUGUAAUUUGGUAGGAUAGAUGGCUGGUAUAAAUAGGAAAAGACAACCAGAGAUGAUGUUCAUUUUUCAGCAGGGCAGAGCUCCUGAACACAUAGCCCGGGGUACAACUGAGCUUAAUGAUGAAGUCUUAAUCAUUAGCUAGAAUGGCCACAUCAAAGUUCAGGCUUAAAUCUGACGGAGGUCAUGCUGUUUCGCAAUGAAAAAAAAAUGGGUGAAAGAUUUCUGUAUCAACUGUAUUACUUUCUACAAAGUUUUGACUUGGAAGCCCAAAUGCCACACUUUUUUUGUGUACAUAAUCAACUGGAAAGUCUUGUAAUUUAGAUUGUUUUGUUCCCUGAAAUAAGUUCAGUCUAUUGAAACUAUGAUAACUCCAUGUUACUCCAAAUUAGUGUUUUACACAUGUAUUUUUACCUACCUAAAAGCUCCGAUUAAAGUCUAAGUAUUCGACUAAUCUUUUUAGUUAAAAAGAAAAACUUAGAAGCAAAAAGAGACAAACGUAAAUGCAUACAAACAAAUUAGCAUGGCAGAAUAGUGUUGAUCAAUUUCUUCUCUGAACCAGAAACAGUACAGUCACACACUGACAACCUCAGCCUUGCUAAACAACACUGUAAGUAAAUCUUGCAUCAAAUCUUUGAAAGUCGAAUGUAAAAAGACAAAUUCAUUGUAAACUAUUGCUGUUUUCUUUUUGAAAAUAAAACAUACAAAAUUA